AUGUUGUUCAAAUUGUUUUUCAAGAGAAGUUUUAGUGUAGGUGUGAGUAAUUAUCAAAGAACAAGAAUAAUGUCAUCUUCUAAUUUACAACCAAAAUUCGAUAAAAUUUUUAAUAAGAUUGAUGAAUUGAAACCAUCUUUCAUUGAUCGUUUGGCUAAGGCUAUUGAAAUCCCAGCUGUGUCUGGUGAUGAAUCAUUGAGACCAAUGGUGGUCAAGAAAUCUGAAUAUCUUGUUCAAGAAUUGGAAAGUUUAGGUUUUACUGAUAUUCAAGUUAAAAAAUUAGGUACUCAACCUCCUCCAGUUGAAAACCCAAACUUACAAUUGCCACCAGUUAUCUUAUCUCGUUACGGUAAUGAUCCUGCAAAGAAGACUGUCUUGGUUUAUGGUCACUAUGAUGUUCAACCUGCUGCUUUGUCUGAUGGUUGGGCUAGUGAACCAUUCAAGUUAGUUGUUGAUGAAGAAAAACAAUUGAUGAGAGGUAGAGGUUCUACUGAUGAUACCGGUCCAUUAUUGGGUUGGUUAAACGUUGUUCAAGCUCAUAAAGAAGCCGGUAUUGAUUUCCCAGUCAAUUUGAUUACUUGUUUCGAAGGUAUGGAAGAAUCUGGUUCUUUAGGUUUGGAAAAAUUGAUUGCUGAAGAAGCUUCCAACUAUUUCAAAACUACUGAUGCCGUUUGUAUCUCUGACAACUAUUGGUUAGGUACUAAGAAGCCUGUUUUGACUUACGGUUUGAGAGGAUGUAACUACUACCAAAUUAUUAUCCAAGGUCCAGCUGCUGAUUUACACUCUGGUGUCUUUGGUGGUGUCAUUGCUGAACCUAUGGUUGAUUUGAUUAAGGUCAUGGGUACUUUGGUUGACUCUAACGGUAAGAUCUUGAUCGAAGGUGUAGAUGAAAUGGUUGCUCCAUUGACUGAAAAGGAAUCUCAAUUGUACGAAAAGAUUGAUUUCAGUGUCGAUGACUUAAACGCUGCUAGUGGUUCUAACACUAGUUUGUACCAAAAGAAGGAAGAUAUCUUAAUGCACAGAUGGAGAUAUCCAUCUUUAUCCUUACACGGUGUUGAAGGUGCCUUCUACGGUCCUGGUGCCAAGACCGUCAUUCCAGCUAAGGUCAGUGGUAAAUUUUCUAUUAGAACUGUCCCAGAUAUUGACUCUGAAAAAUUGACCAAAUUGGUUGUUGACCACUGUAACAAUGCCUUCAAAGCCUUGAACUCUCCAAACAAAUGUUACGCUGAAUUGAUCCAUGAUGGUAACUAUUGGGUUUCUAAUCCAUACAAUGCUUCCUUUACUGCCGCUGCUAAGGCUACCAAGGAUGUCUAUGGUGUCGAUCCUGAUUUCACUAGAGAAGGUGGUUCUAUUCCAAUCACUUUGACAUUCGAAGAAGAAUUGAAGACUAGUGUUUUGUUAUUGCCAAUGGGUAGAGGUGAUGAUGGUGCCCACUCUAUUAAUGAAAAAUUGGACAUCAGCAACUUCAUGGGUGGUAUGAAGACCAUGGCCGCUUACUUGCAUUACUAUGCUGAAUCCCCAGAAAACUGA